CACUUCGGUGGUUUACUAGUCAAUGUCUUCUUGUUUUUCGAAUGUUUUCGCUUUAACCAUUUCUGAAGUAAGCUUUUCUUAUGUUGUAUUUUGAGAGUUUGUGAUACAACUAAAUGUUUUACAGGCGUUGCCAAUUGUUUAAAACAGGACGUUUAUUCGAAUAACUUCAGUGACAACACCUGAGAUUUCAAGGAGUACGUAAUCGUUGAUGAACUAUCCGUGAUGUAAUUUGUUUGUCAACUUCCGGGUGUCAGUGUAAACCUUAACAGACAUUUUAAGCUGACACAUUGUGAAUGCUAUUGCGUGUAUGUAUUGUACAUAUAGUUGAGAAGGAUACAUAAAUAUAGUGUAGACCACUAUUCGUUUUCUAGUAACAUAGUAUUUGAAUUCACGCAUGCCAUUUUGUUUUUGUAAAUUCGUCUAGUGACACCUGUUGCGCCAGUUUCGGGUAAGUCUUUGCGGUAUCGAGUGCCUCGGAGCCUAGUACAGGUGGAUAAAUCAAAGAGGAAUAUAACGUUUAUCAAAGGAGCUUAUUUCAAUUACUUGUAUUCGGAUGAAAAGGACAACAUGAAAGUAAAUGUAACUUUUGGAGACACAGUAGUGGUCGUUCCGUGUAAAGGAGGAUGGACAGUUCGGGAGUUGAUAGACCAGGCCAGUCAGAGGUAUCGAAAGAUUAUUGAACAGAAUGGGCAGGACUUCCUGGUUCGGACGCAUCACGUGGAGUACUGCGACGGGGGCAUUCUGGACCUUGAUGACUUAGUCACUGACCUGCUGGAGGACCGAGAUAAGCUGGUGGCGGUGUUCGAUAAACAGGUGCUCCAAAGGGCGGCGUCAGAGAGCCCAGCUGGCGAUGGCGGGGGCUCAACAGGUCGCUCCAGUCCCAGCCACAACCCCUAUGAACGCCAGCCCUCCUCCCUCCUCCAACCUUCCUCUAUACAGUUGACCAGAGACGGAGAGAUUGAGGUCAAUGCCACCACCCUAAAAGCCAACACCCCUCUGCUAGUGAGAAGCAGCAGUGACUCUGCCCUGGCUCCGCCCCUGAAGAUUGAGGACCCUCCCGCUGUCACUGUACAGCCCAAUGGCAAAGCUGCUGAAACGGAAGGCAGUCAUGCACUAACCCACAGAGGAGGACCUACAGACCAAAACAGGCACGACAUCACAGCUAAGAUGAGCAGGGUCACAUUCAGCCCGCUGACCAAGACCGUGGAGCUCUCAGGAGAACGGGGACCGCUUGGGAUCCACGUCAUCCCCUACUGCUCCUCACUGAGUGGACGGGCCCUGGGCCUGCACAUUAAAGGUAUCGAGGCGGACAGUCGCUCCAAGAGAGAGGGUAUCUUCCAGGAGGACGAGUGCAUUGUUCAGAUCAACGACACAGAGCUCAUGGGCAAGACCUUUGCCCAGUCCCAAGAAGUGUUCCGCCAGGCCAUGUUGUCCUCUCUGGUACGCCUCGAGGUUCUGCCGUCGGCCAACAAGCAACGCUAUGAGAAAAGCCUCAUUGGGCAACUCUUCACCAAUGGCCAUGACCCUGUCCCUAAAGUCAAGAGCCCCCUCGUGAUCAUACGAAAGAUGGGUCUCAAACCAGAAGUCAAACCAGAAGUCAAACCAGAAGUCAAACCAGAAGUCAAACCAGAAGUCCAAAGCACCAUUCAGGUCAAAUCUGAACCCAAACUGGAACCAAGACUUUGGGUACCCCGCUCCAAUACCCCCAAUCUGCCCGCCUCUGUCCCUCUGCCACAGAUGCAACAGACCAGACAGGCCCCCGAGGAGAGGGUCCGAAGUGCUUCCCCUGCUCCAAUGGCCAGAGACUGGGAUAGGGCCUCCCCCACAGCAGUAGAGAGCCCCCUGCCUCAGGGUCCAACUGGACCCCCCGGACUGGCCAAACUAACCAACCAGAAGGGAGGCCGGAAGCUGAACAUUGACCUGAAGAAAGGUUCAGAGGGGCUGGGUUUCACGGUGGUGACCCGGGACUCUGCUAUCCAUGGCCCGGGGCCCAUCCUGAUCAAGAACAUCCUCCCACGGGGAGCCGCCAUCAAAGAUGGCCGCCUGCAGCCCGGCGACCGCAUCCUGGAGGUGAAUGGCGUUGACAUGACCAGUCGCACUCAGGAGGAACUGGUGGCUAUGUUACGCAGCACCAAGCAGGGCGAGUGCAUCUCUUUGCUCGUUGCCAGACAGGACGAGAUGUUCCUGCCCAGAGAGCUGAAAGGGGAGGAGCCGAGCCCGCUGGUUCUGGAAGACGGCCGGGAGCAGCUGAUGUUCGAGGUGCCACUGAACGACACCGGAUCGGCCGGCCUGGGUCUCAGCCUCAAGGGCAACAAGUCCCGUGAGACAGGCGAAGACCUGGGCAUCUUCAUCAAGUCCAUCAUCCAUGGAGGGGCUGCGCACAAGGACGGCCGCCUGCAGGUCAACGACCAGCUGAUAGCGGUGAACGGCGAGCUGCUGCUUGGCCGCUCCAACCACUCUGCCAUGGAAACCCUGCGCCGCUCCAUGUCCUCAGAGGGCAACGCCCGCGGCACCAUCCAACUGGUGCUGCUCCGUCCGGCUGGAGGCGCCCCCGACGGCCCCGCCCAGGAGAGACAGGAGGCUGCUGUCCCCCAGAGCCACCACGGCCCCACCGGACCCAUGGCUUCAGCUGCAACCCUGGAGGCCCUCCACCACGCCAAGGGCCCCGGUCACGACCGGCCAAACCAGACACACAUGGUCUCCAACGUCAUCUACCAAACCUCCGGAGCUUCUGUUAGUGGAGGACAUGGUUACUACCCCGAAGACGAGGAGGGAAUGGAAGAGGACUUCCACCCGCCCCCCUCAAUUGGCUCCGCAGAGGAUAUGAACGGCGAAGUCCUUUACACCACACCCCAUCUCCGGUCUGAGAGGAAAGCAGCUUCAUAUGCCCCUGAUGGUCAUCCUCACGCAGACACACAGACCACACAGCGCCCCAGACAGAUGGACAACGACCCUCAAACAAAGACCUCGAAGAGCAUGGACCUGGAUUGUGGACUAUCUCAUUCUGUCAAAGUGGCUGAUGAGAGCAACGUAGGAUCGCUGGCGAGCCAUAGGCCUGGGCCCUCAACGACGGGCAGGGACUUGGGCCCCACCCUGGGCCUGAUGAAGUCCUCUUCCCUGGAGAGCCUCCAGUCGGCCGUGUCAGAGGCCAUGCAGCAGAGCCAGGUGCCGUUCCACCGCCCCAGGCCCCAAGUAGUGCGGGGUAGAGGCUGCAACCAGAGCUUCCGCUCCGCCAUUGACAAGUCCUACGACGGGCCCUCGGAGCCGGAGGACGAUGACAUAUCGGAGAGCUCCGGCCGAGACACGCCGGCCAGCAGCUCCUCCCGCCUGGACCCGAUGGAAGAGGAGGAGGAGGAGGAGGAGGAGGAAGGGAAAACUGGGAAGAAGAAGAAGAAGACCAAAGGGAAGAAGAAAGAGAAAAAGAUCAGAGAAAAAGACAAGAAGAAGGCGGAGGACUCCGAGGACCAGGAGAGGAAGACGAAGAAGAAAGGGUUCGGGCUCUUGAGGUUUGGCAAGAAAAAGGAGGAGAGGAGCAAGGCCGAUGCGAAGGCUGCCAAGCUGAAGCUGGAGGCUCUGAGCGAGGAGGAGCUGGACAACGUCGAGAGAAUGAGACGUGAGCCCCGCUACAUGGAGGUGCCAGAAGGCCACAUGACCCCCGACCCCCUGCCACCCGACUUGGAGGACGACGAACAGGACCCUAACUACGCCCGUAUCAACAACUUCCGGGAUCCCCCCAAGGGCCCCUCACCCUCCUACCUCAGCCGCACCCCCUCCCCUCAGCAGGCCCUCAGGGGCCCGCCCCCACCGCCGCACGGACGCCAGCCCCCGGCCGAAGACAUGGAGGGCCUUUACGCCAAGGUCAACAAGCCGCGAGCCCCGCCCUCAAUGUCAGCGUCCCAGUUUCAGCCCGCGCAAAACGACAGUGAGCGUGGCCAGCGGCUGCGGAGAGAGUUCCUGCCGUCCCGCGUGGUGCCUUCUUACGAAGACCUGGAGGUAAUCCGCAGCCGCCGGAUGGCUGUGAAGGGAGCUGACAACCGCCCAGCACCCCGCUAUGAGGAUGUGGAUCGACAGUACCCAGCCAACUCCAGGAGGCCUGAUCCAAACAACUACUCCACCCUGUCUAGGCCGGGACCUGGUUACCUGGGCCAGGACAACUACUACCCCAGAGAGGGCCAGCAUUUGCCCCGCACUGCCAAGGCGCCCCAAGAGGACCCUCGGUACCCGCCCUUGCCCCACCAAAACCGGGCCGCCAGGCGUGAAGAUGUGCCCCCCUCUCCCAAGCCGGGCACCCACGCAAUCCGCUAUGAGACAUUGGGCAGGGGCGCGUACCGUGACGCCAGCCCUGGCCGCUUCGUCGACCCCGAGCACUAUGGCGGCGACUAUCGGGACGGGAGGCCGCGGGACCAACGCCAGAGAAACGGCGUGAUAGGAGCGGUGUAGGCAGAAAGUAGUCAGUACUUUGACUACGCUUAUAGAAUUCUAGAAACCGGCCGAAAAAUCACAGAUUUUCCAGAAAUCUCAAUUGUAAUAUUCCAGAAUAUUGAUGUUAUUUGGGAUUUUCUCCAGGAUCCACUGUCUGAAAAAGCCCUUUCCCCUACAUUGUUUGGUGUCUGCAGAUCUUAAGUGAUAUGUUUCCAACUACACAGCGUUUAUAAGUGUGUUUCUCUGCAUGUAUGGAGAUGUAAAUAUAAAUGUUAAAAUUAUAGAGCUCACAAAUGACCGGAAGUAGAUGUAUAAUGUACAUAGUGACUUAAAUGUAUACCAGCGGUUGCUGGCUUGAACAAACUAUCUCAAACCAGCUUAAGAAAUGGAUAAUGAAGAGACUCCCCCAGAUGCUGCUCCCGUUCAGCCAAACACUGAGGCCAGGGAUAGUGAAGUAAAGGUCCGCACCCAAAUGACACCCUGUUCUCCUUAUAGUGCACGAUUGCGCUCCGGUCGGCAGUAGUGAACCACGUAGGAAAUAGGAUGCCAGUUGGGAUGUGGGCUGACAUGACGAAGACAAAAAGCAACUCUGAGGAAUUUACGCUAGCCAGGAAGCUGAUCCGGAGAAACUAGUUCAGAGAGCAGAGAAACAGGAAGUGAGGAACCGGAAAUGAAGUCCACAUCAAAGAGCCAUUCUGUCACGUCGCUUCCGUCCGCCUUUCAGAUGUGUUUUUUGA